CUGGAGGUGACUCCAGUUCAGAGCCGGCGGAGAGUCUGUGUCAGGACUUCGCAAUCCCCAGUCACACACGGAGAGGUGCAUGAGCAAAAGGGAGGCUGCGAUACAAUUCAUUGGGAUUUUUUUUUUUUUUUUGGUGUGUAUGUAUUGCGUUUUUGCUAUUGCUGCGCGCGUUACUAGCUCCGCGCCCGGCGCUCGGUCUCCAGUCGCUGGCGGGGCAGCAGCACCGGGAGGAAGAGGAGAAAAUCCGAGGAGGGGCCGGACCCGCACCCCGCCAGAGGCCAGAAUGUCAUCCCGGGAGAUGUAAAUCCGGUCGGUGCGAGCGACAGAGACACAGAGGAGGGAGGGGGUCCUUUGUAACAUUUUCGAGUUGUUCCCCGCUACUCCUGCUGCUGGCAUCGCCUCGGCUUCCCGUCUCCUGAUCGUUGCACAGAAAGGACUCCAAAGGCUGGGCACACACACUGCGCGCUGCGCCCGUCGUCAGUUCCAUUUCGUUUUUUAUUUUUUAAUUUAAUUUAAUUUUUUUUUUGUGCGUGCGUGCGGGAGCCUGGCUGUAUCGUACGUUUCGUGCGGAGCGGAGUGUCGGAAACUGCAGGAAAAUGUUGACUUAGCCCCAGAAAAGCCUCCCGGCUGGCUGCUUGGAGGAGAAGCCGCCUUCUGCUCUGCGCUGCCCCAGCCCGCCGAGCCGCAGAGCCAGCUGCCUCCCGCUCCCCGCCCGAGCCCAGCGCUCGCCUGCCAGCCCGCCCGCUCCCCGCUCCGCCGCCGGAGCCCCGGGACUAACUCCACCGCGCUCUCCCGCAGCCCUGCGCUCGGCGGGGUGAUCCGGUUCGCGGGUCCCGCCGGGCGAGAGAUCCCGGCCCGCCUUCGGCUCCCAGAUAGAGGUAUGAAGAUGAAUAAUGCAGACCACUGGUUUCGAUGAUGCUGGGCUUUUAUAACUGGAUUCAUUAAGGAAUACAAAGAAAAUUCUUACAGGGAUCAAUAAUGGUGUCUUCUGGCUGCAGAAUGCAAAGUUUUUGGUUUCUGCUCAUUAUCAGCUUCCUGCAGUGUACCGAAGGUUUCAGCCGAGCAGCACUACCGUUUGGUUUGGUUAGGAGGGAGCUCUCCUGCGAAGGCUACUCCAUUGACCUCCGGUGUCCAGGAAGCGAUGUUAUUAUGAUAGAAAGUGCUAACUAUGGACGGACAGAUGACAAGAUUUGUGAUGCUGACCCUUUCCAGAUGGAGAACACAGAAUGCUUCCUUCCAGAUGCCUACAAAAUUAUGACACAAAGGUGCAACAACCGAACACAGUGUAUAGUAGUUACUGGGUCAGAUGUGUUUCCUGAUCCUUGUCCUGGAACAUACAAAUAUCUAGAAGUUCAGUAUGAAUGUGUUCCUUACAUUUUUGUUUGCCCGGGGACGUUGAAAGCAAUUGUGGACUCACCGUAUUUAUAUGAAGCUGAACAAAAAGCAGGUGCUUGGUGCAAAGAUCCUCUCCAGGCUGCAGAUAAAAUAUACUUCAUGCCAUGGACUCCGUAUCGCACCGAUACUUUGAUAGAAUAUGCUUCUUUGGAGGACUUCCAAAACGGACGCCAGCAGACGACGUAUAAACUCCCAAAUCGCGUGGAUGGUACUGGAUUUGUAGUGUAUGAUGGUGCUGUCUUUUUUAACAAGGAAAGAACUAGGAACAUAGUAAAAUUCGACUUGAGGACUAGAAUUAAGAGUGGAGAGGCCAUAAUCAAUUAUGCUAAUUACCACGACACCUCUCCAUACCGAUGGGGAGGAAAGACUGAUAUUGACUUGGCAGUUGAUGAAAAUGGCUUGUGGGUGAUUUAUGCUACGGAGCAAAACAACGGGAUGAUAGUAAUUAGCCAGCUGAACCCCUACACCCUGCGCUUUGAAGCCACCUGGGAAACGACAUACGACAAACGGGCAGCAUCCAACGCUUUCAUGAUAUGUGGUGUCCUGUACGUAGUGCGGUCAGUGUAUCAGGACAAUGAGAGCGAGACCGGCAAGAACGCCAUCGAUUACAUCUACAACACCAGGUUAAGCAGAGGCGAGCACGUGGACGUCCCUUUCCCCAACCAGUACCAGUACAUCGCCGCAGUGGAUUACAACCCCAGAGACAACCAGCUGUACGUGUGGAAUAACAACUUCAUUCUGCGAUAUUCUUUGGAGUUUGGCCCGCCUGACCCUGCCCAAGUGCCUACCACAGCAGUGACAGUAACUUCUUCAGCAGAGCUAUACAAAACCACAGCAUCAACCACUAGCACUACAUCGCAGAAAGGUCCCAUAAGCACGACGUUAGCUGGAGGAACAAAGGAAGGAAGCAGAGGACCCAAGCCACCGCCACCCGUUUCCACCACCAAAAUUCCUCCUGUGACAAGUUUUUUCCCCUUGCCAGAGAGAUUCUGUGAACCGACUGAAGCCAGGGGGAUUAGCUGGCCUCAGACACAAAGAGGAAUGAUGGUUGAACGCCCUUGCCCCAAAGGAACACGAGGAACUGCCUCGUAUCUCUGCGUGGUCUUAACGGGAACGUGGAACCCCAAAGGCCCUGAUCUGAGCAACUGCACCUCACACUGGGUAAAUCAGCUGGCUCAGAAGAUCAGAAGUGGAGAAAAUGCUGCUAGUCUGGCCAAUGAACUGGCUAAACACACCAAAGGACCAGUCUUCGCUGGCGAUGUUAGUUCAUCAGUGAGGCUGAUGGAGCAGCUCGUGGACAUUUUGGAUGCUCAGCUGCAGGAACUGCGGCCCAGUGAAAAAGACUCUGCUGGAAGGAGUUAUAACAAGCUCCAAAAACGAGAGAAGACAUGCAGGGCUUACCUUAAGGCAAUUGUGGAUACAGUGGACAACCUGCUCAGGCCUGAAGCUCUGGAGUCCUGGAAGGACAUGAAUUCUUCAGAACAAGCCCAUGCAGCCACCAUGCUACUUGAUACGUUAGAAGAAGGGGCUUUUGUCUUGGCAGAUAAUCUCUUGGAACCAACUAGAGUCUCAAUGCCCACAGAAAAUAUCGUUUUGGAUGUUGCAGUGCUUAUUACUGAGGGCCAGGUGCAGGACUUGAAAUUUCCUCAGGGCAGUAAAGGAGGCAACUCGAUCCAGCUCUCUGCAAGCACUGUGAAACAGAACAGCAGGAAUGGAUUAGCAAAACUGGUUUUCAUCAUUUACAAAAGUUUGGGGCGUUUUCUCAGUACUGAAAAUGCAACCAUAAAGCUGGGCAGCGACUUUGCCGGGCGGAAUAGCACGAUCGCAGUCAACUCCCACGUCAUUGCAGCCUCUAUCAACAAGGAGUCUAGCCGGGUGUACCUGACUGAUCCUGUGCAUUUUACGCUGGAACACAUUGAUCCUGACAAUUAUUUCAAUGCAAAUUGUUCCUUCUGGAACUACUCGGAGAGGACCAUGAUGGGAUACUGGUCAACUCAAGGCUGCAAACUGAUUGACACAAAUAAAACCCAUACAACGUGUGCUUGCAGUCACCUAACCAACUUUGCAAUUCUUAUGGCUCAUCGGGAAAUCGUGUACAAAGAUGGAGUGCACGAAUUGCUCCUCACUGUCAUCACCUGGGUGGGAAUUGUCAUCUCUCUUGUUUGCCUGGCCAUCUGCAUCUUCACAUUCUGUUUUUUCCGUGGCCUGCAAAGUGAUCGUAACACUAUUCACAAGAACCUUUGUAUCAACCUAUUCAUUGCUGAGUUCAUUUUCCUAAUAGGCAUCGAUAAGACAGAGUACAAGAUUGCAUGUCCAAUAUUCGCAGGUCUCUUACACUUUUUCUUCCUGGCAGCCUUUGCCUGGAUGUGUCUAGAAGGAGUGCAGCUUUAUCUAAUGUUAGUAGAAGUAUUUGAAAGUGAAUAUUCUAGGAAGAAGUACUAUUAUGUUGCUGGCUACCUCUUCCCUGCUACAGUAGUUGGUGUCUCAGCAGCUAUUGACUAUAAGAGCUACGGAACAGAGAAAGCUUGCUGGCUCCAUGUAGAUAACUAUUUUAUCUGGAGUUUCAUCGGACCUGUUACCUUUAUUAUCCUGCUGAAUCUUAUCUUCCUGGUGAUCACAUUGUGCAAAAUGGUGAAGCACUCAAACACUUUGAAACCAGACUCUAGCAGGUUGGAAAACAUUAAUAAUUACCGUGUUUGUGAUGGCUACUAUAAUACGGACUUACCUGGCUAUGAAGAUAAUAAGCCAUUUAUCAAAUCCUGGGUCCUGGGUGCAUUUGCUCUCCUGUGUCUCCUUGGCCUAACGUGGUCAUUUGGCCUGCUGUUUAUCAAUGAGGGGACUGUUGUGAUGACGUAUCUCUUCACAGUAUUUAAUGCUUUCCAAGGAAUGUUUAUUUUCAUCUUUCAUUGUGCCCUUCAAAAGAAAGUACGUAAGGAAUAUAGCAAAUGCUUCCGACAUUCCUACUGCUGUGAUGGACUACCAACUGAGAGUCCCCACAGUUCAGUGAAGGCAUCAACAACAAGAACUAGUGCUCGCUAUUCCUCUGGCACUCAGAGUCGUAUAAGGAGGAUGUGGAACGACACUGUGAGAAAACAAUCUGAAUCGUCUUUUAUCUCAGGUGACAUCAACAGCACUUCAACACUUAAUCAAGGAAUGACUGGCAAUUACCUACUAACAAACCCUCUUCUUCGACCACACGGCACUAACAACCCCUAUAACACAUUGCUCGCUGAAACAGUUGUAUGUAAUGCCCCUUCAGCUCCUGUGUUUAACUCACCAGGACAUUCACUGAACAAUGCCAGGGAUACAAGUGCCAUGGAUACUCUACCGCUAAAUGGUAAUUUCAACAACAGCUACUCAUUGCGCAAUGGAGACUAUAACGACAGUGUGCAAGUUGUAGACUGUGGACUAAGCCUGAAUGAUACUGCUUUUGAGAAAAUGAUCAUUUCAGAAUUAGUGCACAACAACCUGCGGGGCAGCAGCAAGAACCACAACCUGGAGCGCACGCUACCAGCCAAAGCUGUGAUCGGCGGGAGCAGUAGCGAAGAUGACGCCAUCGUGGCAGAUGCCUCAUCUUUGAUGCACAGUGACACCCCCGGGCUGGAGCUCCACCACAAAGAGCUUGAGGCCCCACUCAUUCCUCAGCGGACUCACUCCCUUCUGUACCAGCCCCAGAAGACAGUGAAGACCGAGGGAACUGACAGCUACGUCUCACAGCUGACGGCCGAGGCUGACGACCACCUCCAGUCCCCCAACAGAGACUCUCUUUACACAAGCAUGCCCAAUCUCAGAGACUCUCCGUAUCCAGAGAGCAGCCCUGACGUUGAAGAAGAUCUCUCUCCCUCCAGGAGGAGUGAAAAUGAGGACAUUUACUACAAGAGCAUGCCAAACCUAGGAGCUGGCCAUCAGCUUCAGAUGUACUAUCAAAUCAGCAGGGGUAAAAUGUGCAUUAUUAUGUACGAAGCAUAAUUGGCAUCAGCAGUCCUUCGACCCAGCUGUAUCCUGCUUAGAAUGGCUUCUUUACAUUUCGUCAUUUCAGUGUCGAGAAUACAAUAGAAACUGUCUAUAUAGCUCUACAGAAAAAGGUCAUCUUUACUAUUCAUUACUCUAGUCACAAUUGAGUAGGAUCAAACUCAGACGUAGCAGGGUCAUUAGGAAAAUGUACUGUAAUUUCAUAUAUUUACAUAACUUUUAAGUAGGCAUCUGUACUGAAAUUAAAAAUAAGGUGGUAAACACCACUAUCAUGUUCUCGGCAACAGUAAUUAGCAGUUAAUUAUUAGUGAUGAAGAUACAUUGUUGCAGUGGGGAAAACAAGAAUAAGCAGCAUUUGGAUAGCACUCGGAGUGCUAUCCAAAUAAUUAAUCCAUCACGGCACCAUUUUGAGUUAGAUAAAUAAGCAUGACUGUCCCCAUUUUUAUCAGACUGGAGAACUGCAGAAGGCAGCUGAUGCCCAAGAUGUUAUCUACAAAUCAGUGGCUAAAUUGGAAGUCUGAAGUCUUGGUUGUCUUUAUUCCCAAGCCUCUUUUGUCCCUCUCAGCCAGGGCCUCUCAAAGAUAACACCAAGGACUUUGUUCGUCGCAGCUUCCAAAAAACUCUCAAAUUUAAGCCCCAUCAUCGCAGAGGCCACAGUUUCAUGUGUGGUCACUGUGACUGUAUGUGUGAGAACAGCAGAAUUUCAUCUGAGAGCCCUUACCAAUUCUGUUACCUCCUAAUGCAUUGGAAUAUAUAAAGUCCACUUGGAAAAUAAAUCGAUGCAUUUUUGAAAACAUUGGGAUUUCAGAAGAAUAUUUUGGGCAUGACUGCCUGCUGUUGAGAUAAUUCAAACUCUGGGGGGAAAAAAAAAAAGGUUGAGGUGGAACCAUGGGGUUCAGGUAACCUCAGUAUAUCUAAUCAGGACUGUGACACCGUAGCAAUUGUUCUUGAAGAAAAAAGGCAUCUUCACCAUCGACCCUACUGGUAACUCUUGCCAGUAUGUUCCUUAACACUUAAAAGUUAUGAUGUUUACAGUAGAGUCACUGGAACAUUUAACAUUUAAUCGGAAACUGUUUACUUCUGUUCAGUAGAGAUGCUUUAAAAACCUGAAGUCUCUAUGAAAUAAGAAUUUGUUCUGAUUCAGGGUAUACAGCAGACUCUUUGGAGCAAAAAUGAUUCCCUUGGUCUGUCUGGCAACUUAAAAGCAUACUUGCUGCCUUCUACCUAGGAAAUCAUGUCUUAGGGAUUUAAAAAUUGUGGUGCUCAAGUAAUUAUAGUACACAUGACCUAAUAACAUCACCAACUUUCAGCAGAAUCUUCAACCCUAGUUCGAGCAAGUACUCCUUUGUGUCUAACUAAAGGUGGCAAAACUACAUGCUGGAAAAAGGUUUGUAGCAUUGUGAUCUUAAAUAUAUAUUCAAUUGCAAAUGUAACAAGUAUUCAUAAAACAAGAAAAUGUAGCUGAUGAACCUAAGAUGAACCAGCUGAACCUAAGUAUCAUAAGGGAAUUCUUUUGUUAGCUUCUUUGUAAUGUAGAUGUUGCUUUUUAGUGAGCCUGUUUUUUUAAUGUUAUGCUAGUGAGUGUCCUGUGUUUAGCUAGCAGCUAGCAGCUGAUACCUUGCCAAAUUUCUGUUGGUGUAACUGCUCAGUGUAGUAGGUUACAAUAUGAUUAUAUAGCCGACAGCUUAUUGUAAUUUCUUUAUGUUCUCUCUCACGUUCCUGCCAUCUUGUCUUGGGAUCAGAAGGACAGAAGAAUUCAGAGGAAGAGUUCGAGAAUAGCGAAAUAAUGACAGCAGAAUUAAUGGAAACAAGUGUUUCUUCAGGGUCAUCAGUUAACCAGUUCCUAUGAUGGUGCCAAGGAUAUGCUGCUAUUUUAGGCACUGUCUUUCAGAAGAGCUGUAAUUUUCUUAUGGCUAGUAAUCUCCUGUUAGUAUCAGUGUUAACCCUACUGGCUCAGUUCAAUUCUUCCUUGUAACUUCAGUCCAGUUAUAUUAAUUCCUACAGAAGAUUAAAUGGGAUGUGCAUUUAGUGAACUGUUGUAUAAUGGUGCUAUGCAUUGUUUAAUAUAAAAUACAUCUCAAUUCUACAUAAGUGAACCAUAACAUGAAGAAAUGCAACACUGGUAAUACCUUUAUAGUUAAAAUUAACCUUCAUCUGUGAAUUCUACAAUACACCUUUGCUUCUUUUAAAUUGGAAAUGAAAUUACUAAUAAAGUUUACAUAUAUUCACUUAUGUAGGCAAUAAAAGGUGUUUCAAAUUGACAUAAGUUAUGGAUAAAAUACGUGUCAUAUUUUAUGUCCUAAUUUUUAAGGAAAUUUUUUUCUGAACUACUCAGAACAGACAUUAACAGAAGAACAAAAAACAGUAA